CUGGAUUUCAUGUCCCAUAAAGAAAAAUUAACUCCCUCCUGAAUCAUUGCAUGGGUUGUGAUGAAUCGUUGCCUUUUUUGUUGGUUUUAAGAUGACCCAUGAUUUUGUUGAUGUGAGAGACUUUAGAAUAAUUUUAGUUAUUGACUAAUCUGAAAUAUGGAAAUUAAUAAAAUACCUGCUUGUUUAUGAAUGCUUUUUUUCCCUUUUAGGUAAAAAAAAUAAAUGAGAGAAAUACUUACCAAAUUAAGCUGAUAAAGUUGAAAGAUUUAUGGGAACUGACCAUGUUAAAUAAUGAAGUUGGCAAGUAAAAAGUCUAUGUUGUGUAUUAGUGUUGGCUUAGAACAACAUUGUGAGUUUACAACUUCUUGUUUUUUAAAAAAUUGUGUUUGGAGCCAGUACCUAUCAUAAAUGAAGAAGAUAAGCAAUCGAAAGCCCUUAUGCAUAAUACCCAGGUGAGGUCCUUGGAAGUUUGAGCUGAGGAGGAUGGGAAGGGAUGGAACCUUUCUACAAGGAAUUCGUUAGAUUUUCAAAUCGUUUUGCUUGGCCAUUAUGGUCUCCUGUGGUGCAAACUUUCCUUAGAAAUCGAUUGGUUUUUAGAUUAUCCCAAAGUUAGCUUUGUUCUCAUUGAUCAUUGCAAAACAAGAUGCGGUAAUUGUUAGAGUAGGAAAAGAAAGAAAAAAAGCAUCAAGAACUCAAUUAGGGACAAUCAGUGUACUGCUCAUUUAUUUUGGGAUUCUUUCGAGAUCCCUCGGGGUCAAGCUUUUAGUGAUAUUGAACUAGGAGCGUAUUCUAUGAAUUCAGGAGAGAUGCAGUUGGAUAAUUUCUUCAAAAAGGUUCAAGAGAUCGAGAAACAAUAUGAGAAGUUAGAUAAGCUGCUGAGAAAGCUCCAGGAUGCGCAUGAGGAAUCCAAGGCUGUAACUAAGGCUCCUGCAAUGAAAGCAAUAAAGAAUCGAAUGGAACGCGAUGCCGAUGAAGUUAAAAAAGUUUCUCUAUUUGUGAAGUCAAAAAUUGAAGAGCUUGACAGAGAGAAUUUAGCAAAUAGGCAGAAGCCUGGGUGUGGAAAAGGUACAGGUGUGGAUCGAUCCAGAACAUCGACGACUCUUGCCUUGAAAAAGAAAUUGAAGGACAAGAUGGCUGAUUUUCAGACCCUGAGGCAAAACAUCCAACAAGAGUAUCGGGAAGUUGUUGAGAGGCGUGUUUUUACAGUAACUGGCAACAGAGCUGAUGAAAAGACGAUUGACAGAUUAAUUGAGACUGGGGAUAGCGAACAAAUAUUCCAGAAGGCAAUUCAGGAACAAGGGCGAGGCCAGAUAAUGGACACUCUAGCAGAAAUUCAAGAGCGCCACACUGCUGUUAGAGAUGUUGAGAGGAAACUUCUUGAUUUGCAGCAGAUAUUUUUGGAUAUGGCGGUGCUGGUGGAAGCUCAAGGGGACUUGCUCGAUAACAUAGAAUCACAGGUUUCGAGUGCUGUCGAUCAUGUACAGCAAGGAAACACUGCUUUAAAUAAGGCCAAGAAGCUACAGAAGAAUUCAAGGAAGUGGAUGUGCUUUGCUAUCCUCAUCCUUCUCAUUAUAGUCAUAAUCAUAGUCGUCACUGUGAUCAAGCCAUGGAGCAAAGGUGGAGCUUAGCUCAACAAAAUUGUAAGAUAAUAAUAUACUGGAUACAGCCAUUAAUCUUCUUGUGGUCCAAAGCAUCUAACAAUUCUUUUGUAUCAGUGCUCCAUUAACAAAUCCGGCUUUUUACAGCUCUUGUAUAACGAUGUUACAAUCAUAGCCGAAAUUAACAUAUAUAUAUAUAUAUAUAUAUACUAAUAUACA